CAAUGAUAGCUAGGGAGAACAAUUACAAGCAUGAAAAGCAGAGGCAGGAUGCUCAUCUUAAAAAACAACUCGAGCAACAUUACAUUUUCUGAGCUUCACCUAACCAAUUUUCUCUUGGUUUAUUAUGCAUUCUCAUAGGUUUUAUACAAAUCGCAAAGAUUACCGGUCAGGCCAAUGGAAGUUCCUUUAAGUUUAAGGUUUUUAUAUCGGGAUGACUUCCUAACAACUACCUGGAUUUGCAUAACAGCAUCAUUGGUCUGCUGGUUUUCUGGAGCUACAAACAGUAUUGGAAAAAGUUCCUGAAUGAUAAUGCAGUCGAAGAAUUCUCAAAUACAUGCAACAACGUUGUGCGAGGAAGGAAUUCAUACUCGGAUAUCAAUAAAUUAACAAUGGCUUUCAGAAACAAACUCAGUCCAGGCAAUUGGGAAAAGUUCCUGAAGGACGAUAAGGCUGUUGAAGAAUUCCUGGAUGCAUACAAGAAUCUUAUGCCAAGCAGGUACUCAUAUUCAGAAACUAAGGCGGUGACAAAUGAUUUCAAAGAUAAACUUGGGCAGGGAGGUUUUGGCUCGGUUUAUAAAGGAGAGCUAUCAAAUGGUCAUCUUGUUGCAGUAAGGAUGUUGAAUGAUUCCAAAGCAAAAGGGCAAGAUUUCAUCAGCGAAGUCGCUGCAAUAGGAAGAAUUCAUCAUGUCAAUGUGGUGCAACUAAUUGGAUUCUGUUCGGAGGGAUGUAAAAGGGCCCUUAUUUAUGAUUUCAUGCCUAACGGAUCCCUCAACAAAUAUAUAUUAGGGGAUGCAGAAAAAAGUCUUGCUCUAAGCUGGGAUAGAAUGCAUGAGAUAGCUGUAGGAGUGGCUCGUGUAGUUGAAUACCUGCACCAAGGAUGUGAUAUCCAAAUUCUGCAUUUUGACAUAAAGCCCCAUAACAUUCUCCUCGACCACAACUUUAAGUCAAAAAUUUCUGACUUCGGGCUUGCAAGAUUUUACCCUAGAGAUCAUAACACAAUUUCUGUCACUGCAGCAAGAGGCACAAUGGGAUAUAUAGCUCCAGAAAUGUUCUACAAAACUAUUGGUGGUGUUUCCUACAAAGCUAAUGUUUAUAGCUUUGGAAUGUUGUUGCUGGAAAUGGCAAGGAGGACGAAAAACUUGAAUGCACAUGCAGAACAUUCGAGCCAGAUAUACUUCCUUUCAUGGAUUUAUGAGCAACUGGAAAAGGGAUUGAACAUUGAGAUUGAGGAUGCAUGCGAGUACAAUACUAAAAUAGCCAAGAAGAUGAUCACAGUUGCUUUGUGGUGCAUACAACUGAUGCCUGUGGACCACCCUUCGAUGACAAAGGUUCUAGAGAUGCUUCAAAGGGAAGAUGAAGUCUUGCAAAUGCCUCCAAAACCCUUCUAUUGUCCCCAACAGAUGCCAACUGAGGAUGUACCUGAUGACAGUGAUGAGACAGUUGUCGAGGCGGUAUCUAUUCUGCCACAGAGGGCUACAGAAUCUACUUCCAUGGUGUGAGGGGAUGCAAUUAAUGGUCUAUAUAUUCUUGUAUGCCUCUUCUUAAGCUUCAUUCAAAGCUCAGAAUAACUAGUCAAUAAUGGGCUUUACCAAGCUUUGGGAAAACUUGUUUGUUUGAUAAGUUCCCAGAGGAAUCUUAAAGUUUAUUUAUGCUUUAAGGGGACUUUAAAGAAUCCCUAUCAUAUUUUUCUGAAGGGAUGUCUUCACUUGUCUGGGUGAAGACACACUUCAUUGGAAGUUUAUUUACUCAGUGAAGUUGAUUGAUGCAUAUGUUUUAUACAGAAACUAAAUGCAACACGAUGAUCAUCUUAGCAGAAUGUACUCAAAAGCAUAACAGAAAAUUUAGGAUCCUAUGCUACUGUGAACUCUCUAUGCUUUUGUAUCCCCCUUCUUCAUUUCCAUUUAUAAAGUUCAAGACAUCUUCCAAUAAACGAUAUACAGAUGUGUAGGAAACUAUUAGGUUCAACUUUUCCUAUGGGGAUGUUUUAGGAUAUACGAAUUGUGAUAUAAACCAUGAUGAGCAAUAUAUUCAGUAUAAGACACAGAUCAAACAAACAAAUAGUUUCUCAAAAUAUCCAGUUAGG